UCAACUAAUAAAUAAAAAUUCAAUCAAAAAAUAUUCAAGAUGCGUUUCAUCACCGUUUUAGUAUUGUUUGCAGUCAUCGCCUAUGCAUCAUCCAAUUCAGUCAGCCAGAUUGUAACAGAAGAUUUACCAGCACAAGAAUUAUUGAACGAUUCACCAACAGCAGUUGCUUAUAAUCUUGGAAAUUCAAAAGCUGCUUGCACUUUGUCUUGGUGCGUCAACUACUGCUCAUCACGAAUGAGUCCACCAUUUAGAUCUACAUGCUGUGGAGAUUACUGCAUCUGUGAAAAGUUGUAGAUCAAUUAUCGUUGCC